AGCUGAGGACGGCGACGAGCUCGACGAUUUCAGCUCUCGACCUCUCGUCCUCGACUGUGAAAUGGUAUAAGUAGCUCUUGGCGAUUCAGUGUUCGGAAGAUAAACCUCAUUUGCAGCAAUGGCUAUCGGCGGUUUGAUUUCGAAUCGGAAUCUCGGUUCCUUUAUCGGCUCAGGGAAAGUAUGUCAAGCUGAACUUGCCAUCACACAUUACAGAGGAGAACAAUCAGCCAUUGCUGUUGCAAAACUUGUGCAGGGGACCAUAUUCUAUCAAAAGUUUAGUAAUCGAAGGGGUAAUAGUUUUAUUGCUUCAAAUUCAUGUAGCUCAUUUCCUUGUGCUACCACUAAAGCAAAUUCUUCUCAUUGGAGGGACCACCCAGUUUCAAUCUGCCUGCACUCAGGUGAAAGGUCUUUCACACUUUCUCAACGUAGAAGCAGAGGAAGAUGUGGAUGCUCUCUUGCUUCAGACUCUUCACUGGGUAGUUGGCUUCAACCAAUAGCUGAGGAUAAGAUUAGUGCAAGCGAUGGGCAACACAAGGAGUAUCAACAUGUCAAGGUAAACAGAACCUGUGCUUACUACAAGUCUGAAGAGUAUGAUAUAACAGGAGAAGAGGCAGCUUCACUUGCAUCAUCAGAUGGGUCAAAUGAGACUGUUCUGUUUGAGGGAAAUGUGCAAGAAACAACACCUUGGUGGGAAAGUUUUCCAAAGCGUUGGGUUAUUGUACUGCUUUGUUUUGCAGCUUUUCUACUGUGCAACAUGGAUCGUGUCAAUAUGAGCAUUGCAAUACUACCUAUGUCACAAGAGUUUAACUGGAACAGCGCAACAGUUGGUUUAAUUCAGUCCUCCUUUUUUUGGGGAUAUUUGCUCACUCAGAUCCUCGGAGGCAUAUGGGCAGAUAAAAUUGGUGGAAAGCUGGUACUGGGUUUUGGAGUUGUCUGGUGGUCAAUAGCUACAGUUUUGACACCUAUUGCUGCAAGAGUUGGACUUCCAUGUUUGCUUAUCAUGCGUGCUUUUAUGGGAAUUGGUGAGGGUGUGGCUAUGCCUGCUAUGAACAACAUACUCUCUAAGUGGAUUCCAGUGUCAGAGAGAAGCAGAUCCUUGGCACUAGUCUACAGUGGCAUGUAUCUUGGUUCUGUUACAGGGCUUGCCUUCUCUCCCAUUCUAAUCCACAACUUUGGGUGGUCAUCUGUGUUCUACUCAUUUGGAUCCCUUGGGAGUAUCUGGUUUGCAUUAUGGCUAAGAAAGGCAUAUAGUUCACCAAAAGAAGACCCAGAGCUUACUGCCCAAGAAAAAAGAGUCAUCUUGGGUGGCAGCAUGUCAAAGGAAUGUGUAUCAGUCAUUCCAUGGAGAUUAAUAUUAUCGAAAGCACCAGUUUGGGCUCUCAUAAUCUCUCACUUCUGCCAUAAUUGGGGGACUUUUAUUCUUUUGACAUGGAUGCCUACAUACUACAAUCAGGUUUUGAAGUUUAAUCUCACCGAGUCUGGGCUCUUCUGUGUCUUGCCAUGGUUAACCAUGGCUGUCUUUGCAAAUAUUGGAGGUUGGAUUGCAGACACACUUGUAAGCAGAGGUCUUUCCAUUACAGCAGUCCGUAAGAUUAUGCAAUCAAUCGGGUUUUUGGGUCCAGCCUUCUUUCUCACUCAGUUAAGCCAUGUCAGAACUCCUGCUAUGGCAGUGUUAUGUAUGGCUUGCAGUCAGGGCUCUGACGCAUUCUCACAAUCAGGUCUUUAUUCUAAUCACCAAGACAUUGGCCCACGCUAUGCUGGGGUUCUGUUAGGACUGUCAAAUACAGCAGGAGUGCUUGCAGGUGUUUUCGGCACGGCUGCAACCGGCUACAUACUUCAACGAGGUUCUUGGGACGACGUUUUCAAGGUAGCGGUUGCUUUGUACAUCAUUGGCACAUUGGUCUGGAACUUCUUCUCAACAGGAGAGAAAGUUCUCGACUAGAAAAAUGAAGUUGAUAAAAAGCAAAAGAGCUUACUUUAACCACUGAAAAAAUGAAAGUAGUUCACAUCGUAUAGAAAAUGGCUAAUCGCCUUGGUUAAACAAAAACCAACUUCUGAGGCCCUCAAUGUACUUGCAACAAACAUUUGAGCUGGCUGUAAUUUUACAAGGUAUAAUCUUAAAAUUUCUCCAUUUUACAUGCAUGUAUAAAUUUAUCAUGAUCCCAGAAAUAUCUUCUU